UAGUAUUUUACCUUUGAGUAACUGUCCCCAGCUGCAGUGCUGCAGGCACAUUGUUCCAGGGCCUCUGUGGUGCUCCGAUGCCCCUCACCCACUGUCGAAGAUCCCCGGUGGGCGAGGGGGUAGCAGGGAUCCUUCUCUUUCAGCUCUGAUAUAUAAGGACGAGAAGAUCACUGUUAACCAAGAUGUCCCAGUGCACGAAGGGAAGCCUCAUAUUGUCCACUUCCAGUACAAGGUCACAGAGGUGAAGACCUCCUCCUGGGAUGCAGUGCUCUCUAAUCAGAGCCUCUUUGUGGAAAUCCCUGACGGAUUAUUAGCUGAUGGGAGCAAAGAAGGGCUGUCAGCACUGUUGGAGUUUGCUGAAGAAAAAAUGAAAGUAAACUACGUCUUUAUUUGCUUCAGAAAAAGCAGAGAAGAUAGAGCUCCUCUCCUGAAGACAUUCAGCUUCUUGGGCUUUGAAAUUGUGAGGCCUGGUCACCCCUCUGUCCCGUCGCGGCCAGAUGUGAUGUUCAUGGUGUACCCCCUGGAUCAGAACUCUUCCUCUGAUGAAGAAUAGCUGCAGUGAGGAACUCCAGUGUGACCGGGAAAUGCUGUUGAGGGGAGAAAGGGUUCAAUCUCCUUUCUUGAGGAAAGGGAAAACAAGCUUCUGUUGGACUGAAACUGCAUUUUUCAUUGUUAGAUUGGCCUGUGUAUCCUCAGAGUUGACUAUCUCAUUGAAAUGUGUUGCCUAGAGAACUAUAUAUACACACAUGUAAUCACCAAAUAGUAAAUGGAAGAUGUUUUAUGAACUGGCA